AUGGCCACCACCACCGGCGCCCCGCCCAGGCCAAUGCCGGCCACCUCCACUGCGCCGCUUCCCGUCGCCCUCACCCCGGAGGAGAUCGCCGGAGCAAUCCGCGACCUCACCACUGUUGUCCAGGAGAUCCGCCUCAUCCUGGCCGGUCCCUACGGGCCGCCGCCGCCGGCGGCGCGCUGCUGCGUGGCAGCGACGCACCAGCGGCUCCCCACUGCCGCUGUCCACCAUCUCCGGGCCGGGCCCUACCUCGGCGCCGGGGGUCCCUCUUCUCCAGCAGUCGGCCGCCUUCUUCCCCACCGGGACGCUGCAGCAACAGCAGCUGCUGCCGCCGCCACCAACGCCGCCGCUGCAGCUGCUGUCCUCACCGAUGUUGUCCCUGCCGUUCGGUGGGCAGCUGCAAUAGCAGCAGCUGCCGUCGCCACUAACACCGCAGCAGCGGCUGCUGCCGCCACCGACGCCGUCCCUGCCUUUCGACGGUGUGGGAGCGACCUUGGCCCCGGGCUCUACAUCGACACCGCCCGGGAUGCCCUUCCACCAGGUCCGUUUCACUCUGUCGCCGUCACCGCUUCCGGCUUGGAUCGCUAUCCGCCACGUGUCGGCGGUGGUGAGGCUGCAGGCUGCUGCACGCGGCCUCCUAGUGCGUCGGCGUGUGCGGGAGAUGCGUGA